AUGGCUCUUCGAAGUGCAAAGCUGUGUUCAUUAUGGAACAAGCAUUUUGUCCGCUGCAUCGGUUUCGGCGAAUUGGGUAGCGGCUCCGGAAAGCAACUUGAACAACUGGCUUUAUUGAGGAAGGAGAUAGAAAAGGAGGUAGAACAUCACGAGAAGCAAAAGAAAACCCACGAAGAUGCAGUAGCUAGGCAUAAGAGACGUAUCGCUGAAUUAGAAGAACAAGAGAAGAAAUGGAGAGAAUAA